UUAGCGGCUCCCGCGAAGUGGCCGGCUGAGGUGGCCACUGAGCUGCGCAUGCGCCAUGUGCCCCUGUGGCGUAGGACCUCGUCCCGUCGCGACUCACCGCAAGGCGGGCUUGUUGCUGAGGGGCUUCGGCUGUCAGAGUAGACAUGGGGGCCGGCCGCACGGGGGCUGUGCUUGCCGCCCUGGGAGUGCUUAGUAUCUGUGCGGCCAGCGGCUCAAGGCCCGUGGCGGAGGGGGAGACCGGCGGGGAGGUGGAGUGGGCGGAGCCGUGGGACGGCGCAGUCUUCCGGCCUCCCUCCGCGCUGGGCGCAGUGGGGGUGGCGCGCGGUCCGGAGACCCCGCGGCCGGGGAGCGGGGAGGCGGUGGACCUGCCGGUGCUGCUAUGGUGGAGCCCAGGGCUGUUUCCUCACUUCCCGGGCGACUCGGAACGCAUCGAGUGCGCGCGCGGCGCGUGCGUGGCGUCCCGGGACCGACGGGUGCGGGGAGACUCGCGGACGCGGGCACUGCUCUUCUACGGCACCGACUUCCGCGCGUCCGAAGCGCCGCUGCCGCGCUUGGCGCGCCAGAGCUGGGCGCUCCUGCACGAGGAGUCGCCCCUCAACAACUUCUUGCUGAGCCACAGUCCGGGCAUCCGCCUCUUCAAUCUUACCGCCACCUUCAGCCGUCACUCGGACUACCCGCUGUCGCUGCAGUGGCUGCCCGGGACCGCCUAUCUGCGCCGCGCGGCGCCUCCGCUCCCGGAACGCGCGGACUGGCGCCGCCGGGGCUACGCGCCGCUGCUCUAUCUGCAGUCCCACUGCGACGUGCCUGCGGACCGGGACCGCUACGUGCGCGAGCUCAUGCGCUACAUCCCGGUGGACUCAUAUGGGAAAUGCCUGAAGAAUCGGGAGCUGCCCACGCCGCGGCUACAGGACACAGCCACAGCCACCACUGAGGAUCCAGAACUCUUGGCCUUCUUGUCCCGCUAUAAGUUUCAUCUGGCCCUCGAAAAUGCCAUCUGUGACGACUACAUGACAGAAAAACUGUGGCGCCCCAUGCACCUCGGUGCUGUGCCUGUAUACCGCGGCUCUCCCUCUGUGAGGGACUGGGUGCCCAACAAUCACUCCAUCAUCCUCAUUGACGACUUUGAGUCGCCGCAGAAGCUGGCAGAGUUUAUUGACUUUCUGGACAAAAAUGAUGAGGAAUAUAUGAAAUACCUGGCAUACAAGCAACCUGGGGGCAUCACCAACCAGUUCCUUCUGGAUAGUCUGAAGCAGCGGGAGUGGGGAGUGAAUGAUCCUUUACUGCCUAACUACCUUAACGGCUUCGAGUGUUUCGUCUGUGACCACGAACUGGCUCGGCUGGAUGCCGAGAAGGCCCAUGCAGCCUCUCCUCGGGACAUCCCUGUCCCUGAGCCUCAUAUUGCCCAGACCUCACACAUGGACUGCCCAGUGCCCACACCUGGCUUUGGCAGUGUGGAAGAGAUUCCUGAGAAUGACAGCUGGAAGGAGAUGUGGCUGCAAGAUUAUUGGCAAGGCCUGGACCAGGGGGAAGCUCUCACUGCGAUGAUCCACAACAAUGAGACACUGCAGAGGAAAUUUUGGGAUUACCUAACUGAGAUCUUCAUGAAAAGGAACCAAAAUCUCUAAUUACUCUUGCAAGAGUCCUUAACUUGAUAGAACUAAGGAGAUGGAAGUACUUAUUCUACCAUGGGACAUGAAGGGUAUCUGCUAUGCAAGUUUUUAAUGAACACUGUCUUACCAUGAAUUCAAAGAAUAAGUUAUAUCUACUGAUAUUUUAUCCUAAAGAUGUGUAGCCAGGGUCUCAGCCUAUGGUAAUAGGGCCUCUCCUCAAGGAGAGAUGGAGGCAUCCAGUUCUUGGUUUAGUGGAAACCAGAAGCCUGAAACACCCAUUUGAUUAAAGGUGCUGAUCAACAAAAAUUUUAAAGAACUGCUUAUUUCUCUAGUCAUGUCAUCCUCUCAGUCGUGAUUGGGACAACACGUUAGUAUUUGGCUGUGAAUGAGGUAAGAUGGGCCAGGUUUAGCGUCUUUAGAAAACUACUGUGCUAUUCCUCAAACCACUCAUUAUUCAGUACCUUUCCCAAUCUCUUUUCCUCAUCUCUUGCUUUAUAAACUGUUAUGUUGGUGGUGAAGCAAAACUCCUGGUGGGUUGUAUUCUGGCUCUCUGGAGUUGUAUUUUUUUAUAUCAUUUACUUUGCUUUUCAUGUCAACCUUUUCAUUUUGAAUGGCUUUUUCUUUCCUGGUUUUCCACAAUUUCUGAUGGAGACGGAGUAGCCUUGCCACCAUUUCCACAUUCAUUUUCCCCAGCAUUAAACUGCCUAUAGAUUUGACAGCUUUCUUACUGCUGGUUUGCUUCUUAUCUAGGGCAUAUCUGAAAUUCCGUCUCAACUCAUGAGUAGAAAGAUUCAGUGGCUAAUAAAUGUCAUGCCAAUUUAAUGAAUUGUCCUGCUCCAUUUUAGAUUAGAGAUGGAGACUCAGGCUGGAAAUGACAGCAGAAAAAGCUAUAAUGAUUUUGAAAUGUUGAAAUAGGCCAAUGUGAAUCUAAGUGCAGAUUUUUAUAAGUCCUUGAUCUCUUCUGUCUGCCUAAUGAACACUUCUAUUAUUUUUAUAUGCUACAGAAGUCCAUUUCCCUCAAAAACUCAUGAAAAUUAUGGCAGAAAAAAACAGCCCAGCAAUAUAGCUCUAGUAAUUCUCUCAUAUUCUGUGGCACUUUUCACUUUAAGUGGGAUAAAUAUUCCAACUUCAUUCACUCUAUUACUGUUAAAACGCACAACUUUAUAGUACUUACUGAGACUACAUUUUGAUGGAGCCCACCCACCUAAGCUCAAGGGGAUGAGAAGCGAAGCAAAACAUUUAAGCCAUCACAAGUGACUGGCUAAAUAAAAAGUUGUUAGAUUUAGGGAGGUAGCCAGACCCUUCUAUUGCUGUGGUUUAAACAUACAGCUUAAUGGACAGGGAGACCAUUUGCUUUUUCUGGGGCAGUGGAACAAGAAAGAAUACCUUGGCUCUUAGAACUACCCUGGUUGUAAUGUUGUAUUAAUGAGUUAUCACUAGAGAAGUUCCAUAGCUUAUCAAUAUGUCUGGUUUAAAUUUGUGUGUAUGUAUGUAUAUAUACACACAUUAAUUUACAAACAUAUAUAUAUAUAUAUAGUUGUAAAGACUGAAGAGGAAGAUGAUGCUUAUGACUUCAGUACAGACUAUGUAUAAUAGAAUCUUGUCCUUCUAUAAGGUUUUGUUGGUUUUUAAUAUUUUGAGCAGACUGCUAAGCUGUUCUGUGUGUGAUAUACCAGCUUGUUUUUUUUUAAUUAAUUUAUUUAUUUGUUUUUAUUUUUGGCUGUGUUGGGUCUUCGUUGCUGUGUGUAGGCUUUCUCUAGUUGCAGCGAGCGGGGGCUACUCUUUGUUGCGAUGAGCGGGCUUCUCAUUGUGGUGGCUUCUUAUUGCGGUGGCUUCUCUUUUUGCAGAGCAUGGGCUCGGCUUCAGUAAUUGUAGUUGUGGCACGGGGGCUCUAGAGCGCAGGCUCAGUAGUUGUGGCGCACGGGCUUAGGUGCUCCGUGGCAUGUGGGAUCUUCCCGGGGCCAGAGAUCGAACCCGUGUCCCCUGCAUUUGCAGGCAGAUUCUUAACCACUGCGCCACCAGAGAAGCCCACCAGCUUGUUUUUAAAUUUAAGAAAUCUAGCUCUUUAGAGCUAGAUCAAAGCUAACAUCAAGUGUUUAUUUAAAAAAUAAUGGGGGCGUCCCUGGUGGCGCAGUGGUUGCGCGUCCGCCUGCCGAUGCAGGGGAACCGGGUUCGCGCCCCGGUCUGGGAGGAUCCCACAUGCCGCGGAGCGGCUGGGCCCGUGAGCCAUGGCCAAUGAGCCUGCGCGUCCGGAGCCUGUGCUCCGCAACGGGAGAGGCCGCAACAGAGGGAGGCCCGCAUACCACAAAAAGAAAAUAAAUAAAAAUAAAAAAAAAUUAAAAAAUAAUGGCACCUGCUUGGAAUGGGGUGAAGAUUUACAGAGAAUUUACAAUUUUUGGCUGACAUGAAACUAUAUAAUAUACUGCAAAAUGGAAAUUCUGCAACAGACCUCACAAUAAACAUUUAUAUAUAUGGGGCGCUCAUAUAUUGUAUAUAUAUGAGAUGCUUCAACAACUAGGGUCCUAAAGAUGUGGCCAAGCAAAGCUAUAAUUUAGGCUGGGUUUCACUGCCAGGGUGGUUCUUUUUUCUUUUCCUUUUUUUUUUUGGCUGUGCCGCAUGGCUUGUGGGACCUCAGUUCCUGGACCGGGGACUGAACCCGGGCCCUCGGCAGUGAAAGCACAGAGUCCCAACCACUGUACCACCAGGGAACUCCCUUGUUUUUCAUUUUAUUUAAUAAAAAAUGCUCUUUAUAACAGCAUGGAAAGUUUUCUGUUUGGACUUUUGCAGAAAAGAAUAAGAGAGAAAGACAGACCUUCGAAAAUACUUAUGUUAAAAUUUGAUAUAGUAAGGACUCUUACAAAAGAAGCCAAAUUCAGGACUCUCUGAUUUCUAAGCUUGCAAUAUAUUUAAAUGCAGAUGCUGGUUUAUAUAGGGCAAAAUACAUUAUUACCCAAGUGCAAAAUAAGGUUAGGACUCAAAUUUCAUUAUGUGCAAUGAAAAGGGUAGGUGAUGGUUAUGCAAGGUGUAGAAUCAUCCCUACCCCUCCUGUCUAAUUACACCAGUUCACACUGGCAUUACCUUAGCACUUUUAUGUACAAAGUAGGUCAGUUUUUUAUGAAUGAUUGUGGCUGGAGACUCAUGCCUGCUUUGUGGUCAGUGCUUCCCAGACUUUCUCCUUUAUUCCUCUUACCAUAAAAGUAUUCAAAACCAGGUGCUACAUUUCCACAAGGGAAAGCAGAACCAGGAAUAGCCACAUGGCUAUCUAACUAAAGGCUUCACUUUCUCUGUGGAGAAAGCAAGCAAUGUGAAUUUUCUCUGGUUUGGGGCCCAGCCUGCUCUGUAUACAGUAGCAGACUUGGGGUUAUUGGUGGUAGAAGUUCUGAUAGGAAUUAGCUUUGUGUUGCUGCAGUGGGGGUGGAGCAUGGGGCUGAUGCCUUUAUUAUUCCCGAGUUGCUUCUUCGAUUAUCACAGGUUUAAUUUUGUAUAA